GUGGACUGACUGACGUUGGGUUUAGCUCCGCCUGGCUUUGAUUGUGAGGAGAUCUAAUCAGGGUUUUUAGUGGAAACAGCAGCGUGACACAGAGAGAAGGGGUCAGACACUGUGAGGGGCUCAUUCCUGACGAGGUACAUCGGAAGGAUGAGGAACGUCCGGUCUCAGUUAUUCUUCAGUUCUGGGCUGAUGAUGGGGUUUGUCUGCCUUCGCUUUCUGUUGGACUUGAACCUUUCAGCAGAGCAGGUGACAUAUUUUGAGAGGGACGUGAAGGAUGAUGACCAACACGGUUUACAGCAUGCACAUGCAAGUGAGAACAAGAGCUCAGCAGCAAAUUCUUCUCACCCAACAAGGAUCUUAUGUUGGAUCAUGACGGGACCCAAGAACCUGGAAUCCCGAACCAAGCACAUCAGGGAAACGUGGGCCAAGCGCUGCAACAAAGUGCUGUACAUGAGCUCCGUCAAGACCGACUUCCCCACUGUGGAGCUGAACGUGAGCGAGGGGAGGGACAACCUGUACUGGAAGACCAUUCGAGCUUUUCAGUACAUCCACCAGCACCAUCUGGAUGAAGCGGACUGGUUUCUAAAGGCGGAUGACGACACGUUCGUGGUCGUGGAGAAUCUUCGCUACACCUUGUCCAAAUAUGAUCCAGAGAAGCCGUUGUACCUGGGCAGAAGAUUUACUCCCUUCAUCAGUCAAGGUUACAUGAGUGGAGGAGCAGGUUAUGUCCUCAGUAAGGAAGCACUGAGAAGAUUUGUUAAAGGCUUCGACUCUGGGGAAUGUACCCACUUCUCCACUAUAGAGGACAUGGCUCUGGGGAAAUGUAUGGAGACAAUGAAGGUGGAGCCAGCCGACUCCAGAGACGUGAAGGGGAGACAAACAUUUCAUCCUUACCCGCCAGACCAUUACUUGGUCAGACAGCCCCCAAGACCGCGGCCCUGGUAUCUGAUUUAUGACCACUACACUCCAGUAGAGGGUCCAGGUUGCUGCUCAGAUUUUGUGGUGUCCUUUCAUUACAUUUACGCCGACCAGCUGUAUGUUUUGGAGUACCUGACGUACCACCUGCGGCCGUACGGAUACAAAUACAGAUUUAAUCCCAAUGAAAAGACUGAACUUGACGCCACAACUAAGUCCAUGUAAAAUGUGGACGUCUGCAUGACAACACUUGCACUAACUGGAGGAGAUGUUGAGGGUAUCGGCACAUUUCAGGGCCUAGCUUAAUUUAUUUACUGUAGUAUAUGAAAUCAUCUGUAACCAUAAUUUUUUAUAACUUUGUAACCUUGUCUGAUGUCAACUGUGAAAACUGUUCAUGAUGCCUGGGGGUGUGAGUGGGUCUGUUUUUACAAAGGGGUCACUUUGUGUGCAAUAAGAAAUGAAUGAAUUCCUUCGAUCUGUCUUAUUUUUGUGAAUUAUUACUCUGCAAACUUGCAUUUUACUUGAAGAAGGGUCUUUCUACCAUAAACAUCCAGACCACAGUGACAGAUGGGGUCCAUGGGGGGAAUAAUGAGGGGGUAUCUUUAGACAUGUAGCAGACAUCAAAAAAAAAAACAACAAAAAAACAAAAAAACCCCAAACUAACAUAUUUCAUAAAGUUGUAGUGAUCAAGGCCACUGAAAAUGGACCGUCUGUUAAAAGGAAGUGAUGCUGCGAUACCUGCUUCUCUAAAAUAUAUUAAAAAAAACAAAAAAACAUGGCUGCUAACAUUGGUAUUCAUA